AUGGCUUCAGGAACAUCUAUUGUAGUGAGCAACCUCUUCAAGAAUGUUCCAGUAAGACGACAGUACUAUAAUAACCCAAAGCGACGGAAGGAGGAGUUAAAGAAGGUGGAGGAUUUGAUGCUGUCGUUUUGUAUUGCUGCUCCAGAAGUCCACUUAACAUUAGUUCAUGAAAAAAAUACUAUGAUACAGAAAAACUCAGCUAAAGGCAUUCAUCAUUCCCUCAUGAAUAUUUUUCCUACAGUAUACAAGAAGUUAAAGGCAGAGUCAAAGGAAGUUGAAGGUAUAAAAUUAGAGGUUUAUCUUCCUGAUCGUGGCUUCUGCGCAGAUCAGACUACCAGUAGAUCCUGUGCUGACCGUCUCUUUGUGAUAGUAAACCGCCGUCCAGUUAGUCACAAAUCAAUUGAAAAGAUGGUAAAAGCACACUUCAGCCAAGCUUCAGAAGGCUGCCAUGGUCGCUACCCAAUUGGAGUCAUUUCUCUGGUACUUUCUCCUGAUGAGCUUGAUGUUAAUUUAGAGCCAAACAAGAAUAAGGUCCUGUUGAAUGAUGAGGAAACUGCACUGGAGUCUUUAAAAGAAAUACUAGAAAAUUUAUAUGGUCCUUUGGAGAUGACAAAGAAGUCCAGUCACAAGAAAAAUGGCUCAGAGUCUGUCACUGCAGACACAGACAUCACCUGCACCUUAGCAUGUGUUACGCAAAAGCAAGGAUCAAACAGUAAUUCCAGAGAUGAAUUAGACAUUUUGGAUGAGUUUUUAGCAGAGUCUUUAAAGGAGGAAGAGAAACAAGAGAAACAGCAAUUAAAGGCUCCAAAUGGUUGCAAAUUAGAGGAAAGGCUAUCAAAAGAUUACUGCAUUUACAAUGACAAAGAAAAUGAUAACUUUUUUGAAAAUUGCAACCUUACCCCAUCAAAUGUUGAUAAUAGAAUAACCAGGCCUAUGCAAGUUAAAGAUAGCCCAAACCCAAAUGGUCAACCUGCUACAAGAGAUGAACAGUACUCUCAUACUCCACUCAGAGAUAAAGUUUUAAGAUUAGCUAAACCUGGUGAUGAAAGCAGGAUAGAAACAGUUGGCAGGUCUUAUCUGACAAGUACACAGGAAUCCAGAUCACAUGUGCUAGAAGAUAGACGGCUGCCAUCACUCUCACUCAGCACAAUCCAUAGUGAGGGCAGCACACCAAAGAGACCUAAUGCUGGUGAUGAAAAUUUGAGUUUCAUAUGUCCUUCUGAAAAUACAUUUUCCCUCAGUUCUAACUUAUUAUCUAAAAAGAGUUCCCACACUGAAGGAAGGCAAGAAGUUAGCAGCGAAGAUUUUGAUAAAUGCAUGGAGAUUGCUUCACAUAAAGGUGAAAGCAAGCGCACACAACAGUCUCCCAGUAAAGACCUCUCAAGUCAGUUACACAAAACAAUUAUGGGUGAUGAUGGUAUCCCAGUUUUUCAGAUAAAGCCACUUGAAGUGAAUGAUACUUCUGAGGGCUCAAGUGAUGAUCAUGUACAGCCUUUACAAAGUGCUAAUAAACUCAACCUUUCCAGUCAAGAAGUUCAACAAGAGCUUUCUAAGGGUUCAGAAAGUGCUGUAACAUCAAGAACAGAAGUCCAAGAAAAGCAGAUUUCUGAGACUACUGAAAAGGAGAAAAGUGACCUUGCUGGCAGUUGGAGCAGGGGCCAUGUAACCAUGGGAGGAAAUAUACAGACAGUCCAGAUUGUGACUCCCAAGAUCCAGGAAGACCAUGUUCAAAAGACCCCAGUCACCACAAAUGCACUCAAGCGCCUCCAGCCACCAUCUCCUGGGAAGCAGCUCUCUCCAGUACCCAGCAAGAAAAUGAAGCAUGAGUCGCUGAGUCCAACCAGUUAUGAGUAUGUGCAUGGAAAAUCUGUGAAGAGACCUGCCAGUGCAUUUAUCCUUUAUUCAAGAGAUAUUAGAAGAACAGUGUUACGUGAAAAUCCUGGAAAAGACUUUGCCUUUAUUGCUAAAACAAUGGCAGACAGGUGGAAAGUAGCUGAUGCAAAGACCAAGGAGUACUACAAAGGCCUAUCUAAUGAAGAAAGCAGAAGAUAUCAAGAAGAAAUAAGAAAGAUUCGUGAGAACCGUAGCCAUAAUGACUCCAUCUUUGAAAAAUCGAACAUAAGUCGGGCCACUUUAGAUAAGUUUAUGGGGCCACUAACACCAGUUGCCAUUAAAGAUGAUGGAAAGAGACAUAGAAAAGUGCCUGAGAAUGUCAAAUGUCCUUGGAGAAACAAAACUAAAAACAUGGAGAUUGACAUUGGAAAGAUUAAGCAGCAGUUGAAGAAGAGAUCCAGUCAAGCUAAUAAACCGGGUCCAUUUGAGCUUAUUGGGUCUUUGGCUAAUUGUGGAGGAUGGCUGUGUCAGGAAGGAGGAACUAUUACUGCCCUCAACACAAGCAGGCUGCAGGAAGUUGUUCUGUCUUGUACUCUCCUUAAUACCUUCAACCUCACACCAAAGGAAUUGAAGGAUUCCAUACCCUUCAAUGCAAGUACCAUUGGAUCUCGAGAGUGGACUUCACUAGCAAAUAUGUCAAUGAGCUUAGAGGAAGACCGUAAUUUUUAUGUGGUGAAUGACAAACGAUUGUUGGCAAAUGGUUUUAAAGUAGUUCUCUACCCUGCAAGCAGUAGUAGUGUGCUGUCGCAUGGAGAGAUUGUUGGGAUGGCAGACUGCAUUGGAUUCUAUGGGCUGAAUGAUUUGAAAGAGAUUUUAACAGUUGUAACUGCCAAUCCUACUGCAAGCCUUGGAAAGUCAAGACCACUUAAGCUACAACACUGGUUAAAGGGAGAAACAGUGAGAAUGAUUAGGUCAGGACCCAACCUAACAAAUCGUGAAGAUGUGUCAGAGAAGUUAAGGCAAUGGCAGAAGAUGCAAGGCAUAGAAGGGGAGUCAGUAUGUCCUUCAAGAUGGACCAAAGAAAAGUGUAUACACAACAAACUCAUAUUUACACCAGUAUACUCAUUGGAUGAUAUUCCUUCAACUCCCUCACAGAAUUAAGAGUUAUAACGUUCCUCAGGCAUGAGGAUGGUGUCAACAAAUAUAUGCACAAAGUCUCACAAACUGUUGUAACCUAUUUUUGCAUAUUUAUAGUUUAGUUAGGAUAUCUUAAAUAUAUUUUAAAAAGCUUU